AUGAACUUUCAAACUAGUUCGGGAUUCAAUCCUGGAGACAAUCCUGCCAAUCCGGUUAUCCCUGAUUUAGAUGUAGCUGAGAGGGAAGAAAUGAGACUCGAAUCAUCAAGGCAAUUAGAGGAACAUUGCAGAUGGUUAGAGGAGAAAUUUAGGGCACUAGAAAACGCUGAUAAUCGUCAAGGAAUGGAUGCUAAGGACUUGAGUUUAGUCCUAGAUUUGGUGCUUCCCCAUAAGUUCAAAAUGCCGGAAUUUGAGAAGUACAAUGGGACUACUUGCCCGGAAGCCCAUAUUACCAUGUUCUACAGACGGAUGACUGGUUAUGUAAACAAUGAUCAAUUAUUGAUCCAUUGUUUUCAGGAUAGUUUGGUUGGGGCAGCGGCUAGGUGGUAUAAUCAACUAAGUCGCGUAAGGAUCGGUUCUUGGAGAGACUCAGCGCAAGCUUUUAUGCAGCAAUAUAAUCAUGUGACUGACAUGAUUCCUGAUAGAAUUACCUUACAAAACAUGGAAAAGAAGCCUAAUGAAAGUUUUAGGCAAUAUGCCCAGAAGUGGAGAGAGGUUGCCAUGCAAGUUCAACAACUGCUCUUGGAGAAAGAGAGUACUAUGCUGUUCAUCAACACUUUAAAGGCCCCAUUCAUUAUCCACAUGAUUGGAAGUACCACCAAGAAUUUUGUCGAUAUAGUUAUGGAGGGAGAAAUGAUUGAGAACGCCAUAAGAGGUGGCAAGAUAGAGGGGGAAGCUACUAAAAGAUCGGUCUCAAGAAGGAAGGAUAAUGAGGUGAAUAAUACGAGUAGCUAUAAUUCAAAUACGGUUACGGUUAGUCAGCCCAGAGUAACUACGGUUGGGCAAGAAGAUUCUCAAAAGCAGGGAUCUGGUUCGAGACAGAAUUCUGAAAAAGUCUCGAACCAAAUCUCAGUAACGUAUCUAGAGCUUUAUCAAAGUUUAUUCAAUGUACAUGCAAUAGCCCCUUUUCAUUUGAAAUCGUUACAACCCCCAUAUCCCAAAUGGUAUGAUCCAAACGCCAAAUGCAGUGGAAAAACUAAUCAAGAUGGGGUCGUAAAAUUUGACGACACCCCUAGUACAGAGAACUCGUUGCCAAAUCAUGGUGAUCAAGGGGUAAAUGCAGUUGAGGAUACGGGUAUGAGAAGGAUUAAAGAGGGCAUGUCCGAGGUGAGAACACUGAUGAAAAUGAUUUGGGAAGAAAUGGUGAAAAGAGAGAUGAUAAUCUCUAAAGAUAGGAAUAAAAGAGCAAUGGACUACUGUGAGUUCCAUGCUGAAGAGGGGCACGAGUUUAAGGCCUUGGUACAAAGCCUUAUAGACAACAAAGAGCUAGAAUUUUAUGAAGCUGGCUCAAAUGAGGGACAUAUAUGCACAUUAGAAGGUACACCGAAGAAUCAAAACCAGCCGAGGAUUAUUAUUUCUUUACUAGGAAGUAAUGAAGUUGAAACACCAACGGUACCGAAAGUCAUCAUUCAUAAACUUGUUCCCUUUCCUUAA